CUCCUCUCUCUCCUUUUUUACUUUCUCUCUCUUUCUCCGUCUGUCGCUAUCUCGCUCGUCCUCUCCUCUGUUUCGUAGCAUCUGCAGCAGAUCUCUCUUUGUCCUUCUCCCCCCCCCUCAGAUCACUAUGGCACAGCAGGAAGCUAACCCUUCCCCUGGUGCUGAGGUUGUUGGUCGUGCCUUUGUGGAGCAAUACUAUCAUAUUCUUCACCAAUCCCCUGGUUUAGUCCAUCGGUUUUAUCAGGAUUCGAGCUUGCUAACCCGACCUGAUGUUAAUGGUGCUGUGACUACUGUCACAACUAUGCAAGCGAUCAAUGAUAAGAUUCUUUCAUUGAAAUAUGAAGACUACACGGCCGAGAUUGAAACUGCGGAUGCUCAGGAGUCUCAUGAGAGGGGUGUUAUCGUCCUGGUUACAGGACGCUUGACUGGAAACGAUAAUGUGAGGAAGAAGUUUAGUCAAACUUUUUUCUUGGCUCCACAGGACAAGGGAUACUUUGUCUUGAAUGACGUGUUUCGAUUCCUUGAGGAGAAAGAGGUAACCACACAAGCCCGUUCUGUCGCCAUCAAUGGAACCACCAGGGAUGUUCAGGCUCCUGUGGAACCAGAACGUGUUAACGUUAGUCACGAGGCUGAGGUAGAACCUGAGCCAGUUGCUUCCAUUGAGGAGGAAGAUCUUGACAAUGUCGCGGAAGUUUAUGAUCCUUCUGAUAAAGAUGAAGGAGUUGUUGUCGACGUUGAGCCUAUUGAACCUCCAACUCAAUUAAGCCAUAAUGAAGUUUUAUCAGUGCCUCAAGGAGAUGCUCCUAAGCAUUCUUAUGCUUCAAUCCUGAAACUGAUGAAAAGUGGUCCAGCACAAACACACGUUUCUCGGAACAAGCCAAGAGCAGCUCCAGUCAGUACCAACCAGAAGACGAGCGCUCGUCCUGCGGAGCAUGUAGCAGCACCCGAGGCUUCAGCUCUUGAGAAUGUUCAAAAUAGUAGCCAUGUUGAUGUGGAUGAUGAUGGUCAUUCGAUUUAUGUCCGAAAUUUACCUUUUGACUCCACACCAACACAACUUGAAGAGGUGUUCAAAACCUUUGGUGCAAUCAAGGUUGAGGGGAUUCAAGUCAGAAGCAAUAAGCAGCAAGGUUUCUGUUUUGGUUUUGUGGAAUUUGAAACAGCUAGCGGAAAGCAGAGUGCGCUUGAUGCCUCACCGGUUACAAUUGGGGAUCGUCAAGCUGUUGUAGAGGAGAAGAAAACAAACAGUCGAGGAGGAGGCAACAAUGGAGGUGGUAGGGGAAGAUACUUUCCCGGGAGAGGAAGCUUCAGAAACGAAAGUUUCAAAGGAGGACGUGGUGGUGGAGGUGGAGGCAGAGGAGGAGGCUAUGGACGAGGAGGGGGUGAGUUUUCUGGCAGACCAAAGAGCUCAAACCCACGAAAUGGAGGAGAAGGUUAUCAAAGGGUUCCUCAAAACGGAGGGGGUGGAAGAGGAGGACGUGGAGAAGGAGGUCGUGGUGCGCCUCGAGGUGGUGCUUCAUCUUGACUUUGCUUAUUAAUGGUGCCCCCAUCUACAAGAGAGUAGUUUUAAUUUUUUUUGUUUUGCAUCUUUUCUUGCCUACUACUUGAGUUGAGUUGAUGUGGUAAGUCCUUUUUGGCUUCUUUUUUUUUUCUUUUCUUAAUCGGGUUUAGUUUUUCAUUAUUCUUGAAUUUUUUUUCCCUCGUUUUUGUUUUUCAUCCUUAAAUCUUUCUUUGGGUAUUGUACCUCUUCAUAAACAUUCAAUUUCAUAAGAAAUGCAUUAUAAAGUUGUGUUCUUAG